AUGGCUUCUUCGCUCCCCAAGUCCGAGUUUUCUGCACUUGGCACCGCCUUCGUGGAGACAGAACUAGCGCAUGCGAAGAAGAAGUUCGAUGAGGCACAGUCCAAUCGUCAACUCGCAAUAUCCCGAGUGCAGCAGCAUGAGGCAGACUGCCUUGCAGAGGAGCGUCACUGGAUGGACAUACAAAGCAGAGAGAGAAGACGAGAUGAGGCUGCCCGCCGUAUUCAGAAAUGGUGGGUGCGUGUGGUCAUGUACGGUACGAAGUCCUUUCCAUUAAAUGAGAUCUUAGAGCAUCACCGCCUGCUUCGCGCCCGGCAGUGUCUAGGGGAAAACCUCCUGGAUCUGCGGCGCUGUGUGCAUGAUUUGCAUAUCGAAGAAGCUGAUCGUGAAAACUCAACGGUUCGGAUCCAAAGAUGGUGGCGCAGAGUACUGGCCAAGAGAAUCAUGAAGAUCAUUGCCGUGUAUGGCAAGGUAGCCAAAAUGAGGGACAUGGUGGAAGGAGCUGCUGCUAAGAUACAAGCGAUCGUCAGGGCCAACAGAGCUCGCCGAGAAGUUACGGAGCUACGCGAAACGCGGAGGGUGGCUGAAGAAGAGGCUGAAAGACGGCUGGAGCAGAUCAAGAUGCAGGCAAUUGUAAGCAUACAGAACACCUAUCGCAAGAGUGUGGCUGUGAAGCAAGUGCAGCGACUCCGAGCCAGAAUGUUUGCGGCCAUGAUGUCGCAAGGUGGCACAGAUGUGGAUAUGCCGCCUCACAUGAAGAGCAAGCUACAGCCUUUGUCACGCUCUUCUUGGUUGAAAGGUACAGCGAAGGCGAGUGCCAAGAAGAAGCGCGAAAAGUACAGCAGUUAA